AUGGGUCAAAUUGGCUUUUUCGAAUGUGUUUAUCGUAUUAUUGUUGCUUUUAUAAGAGCAAUAGUCUUCUCAGUAUUCCCAGCGCCAAGAAAAUCGAUAAGAAAUGAAAUUGUCCUUAUAACUGGAAGUGGUGGAGCAUUAGGACGAUCAUUAGCAAUUGAAUUUUCGAAAUAUGGAGCAUUUCUUUGUCUGUGGGACAACGAUGAUAUGAAUAAUCAACAAACGUAUCAAGAAUUAUACAAUGAAUAUGGCCACAGAAGAAUGGUCUGCCAAAAGGUGGACAUAACAAACCCAGACGAAAUUCGUAGAGCGGCUGAAAAAAUUCGCCAUGACAUUGGAAAUGUUAGCAUUGUUGUCAAUAAUGCGGGUGUUGUGGCAUGUAAAAAUGUUUUGGAUGUAGAUGUAGAAGAUAUUCGAAAGACAUUUGCUGUUAAUAUUCAAUCACACUAUCAUAUUAAUCAACAAUUUUUGCCAGCAAUGAUCGAUCGUCAUUUUGGGCAUAUUGUGGCAAGAUACAUGGAGUGUCUAGAAGAUGAAAUUUUUCGUUCGAAAUGUCACGGUGUUCAUGUAACAAUUGUCAUCAGUGGUCCAAUCAGAGGUGGUCUGAAUAGAAAAGUCACAGAAAUAGUCAUUCCUGAAUCUGUUAAUUUUAUGUCACCCAAAGUUGUAGCACAAAAAAUAGUACAGGUGAAACAGUUAAAUACUGCUUGCUACUGUUCAAUAACAAAUUUUCAAUCAGCAUUUUCUUAUUCUAAACAAUUAAAUAAAGAAAAUCAUUUAUAUGCCUCUGUCGAAAAACGAUCGUUGGCUGGUUUAGAAAAAUUUAUUCAUUAUUUUGUUGUAAUGAUUUGUGUUCUAUUGAUGUUAGCAUUAUUACCAUUUUCAUUAAUUUUUGCCAUUAAACAUAUUCGUUCAGGUGAAAAACUUGUUGUUUAUCGACUUGGACGUGUGCAACAUCGUCCGAGAAAUAGUGGUUGGACGAUUGUAUUACCAUUUAUUGAUUGUAUUAAACGAAUUUCAACAAAGACAAAUCAAUUGAUUAUUUCACCAAUUCAGAUAUUAUGUCGUGAUGAUUCAAUUCUUGAAAUAGGUGUUUGUAUUGAAUAUAUCAUCAAUGAUCCGAUACUUGUCUUGAAUAGUUUACACGAUUUAAAUCAUUCUUUACGCUCUUUAUCUCGUUCAACAUUAAUUACAUUUACAUCACAAAAUAAUGGAACAAAAAUUGAACAAAAUAUACAUAUGAUUGAAUUAAGCAUGAAAAAUGAAAUUAAUCAAACAGCAAGAAAUUGGGGUAUUGAAAUUUUAAAAGUAAACAUUGCGCGUGCAACGAUAAUUUCGACUGGUGAAGAAAAUCCUCAUAAAUCAUUUCAUCCGGCGUUAGAUGCAUUUUCGAAAAUAUUUGCUGGUAUUAUUCAACAAUCAUCCACUAUGGAUGCUAACAAUCCAACGCCUGUUACUGUUCCUGGAAGUGUUAAUACAUCUAAACCGGAUACAAUAUCCGUUUCAUCAAUUCUAUCACUAUUACUCGUACGUCUGAGACAUGUGUUUAAUGAAGAACUUGUUCGUCAAGUCGGUGCAACAUAUCAAUUUAAUAUUGGUGAUAUGGCAAAAUUUUAUAUUGAUUUAAAAAAUGGAAAUGGUUCAUGCGAUCUUGGAGAUUUACCAGCACGUGUUGUUGAUGUAACAAUUACUUUGAACAGUGUUGAUGAUUUAAAAUUAUUAACGGGCGAUACAGAUGAAAUUAUUCAAGCUUAUUUAAGUCAACAAAUAACAAUUGAUGGAUCGUUAACUGAUGCCAUGAAAUUAAAGCAUUUAGCUGAUGUAUUAAAAAAAGACAAUAUAACACUACUAAACAGUGUCAAAAAUAGUCAUGACUAA